AUAAACCACAUGAAAUUAAAUAUGAGCUCCCUCCUUCCCCUCACCGUUCCCUCCACUCCUGCUGUUCGGGCUUGAUGCAAAGGUUUUCAAAGGAGGAAUGUUUUUGUUUGUUUGUUUUUACACCUCUGCCUGACUCUAUUUCGAGUGGAUGGAUGGAUGGAUGGAUGCCAUUUACAGUCUUCAAAGAGUUGUCUGUAUCACUAUCUGACACGUCUGACACGUCAGGAUGCAAACUACCAUAACUAAAUAACAACAUCAGGGGCUUUUAGUGCAGGAAUUCCCACUUUUAUUUUAGUUUUUGCAUGAGUGGUGGGUCUGGGUAAUCCCCAGAUCCCAAUAUGAAUAAGUGUAAUGUGCCAUGUACUUUAUCUACCACUCACUAAAUGCACUAGAUUACAGAUGAAAUGACGGAUACAUCAAAUCCUGACCAAACUAAAUCUAAAUGACAUUAACUGGGUGAAGAUCGACAUUAAAAAUUAGGUCAAACUUCCCACUGUCGCUAGGAGACAAAAAAUAUCUGUGCAUAAUUCAGUCACUUCAGGAUUUCAAAAAAUUUGCAUGCAAACUUCAGGCCAAGUCAACCUGUUCAGACGUGUGUGUCUAUUCCAAUAAGUGAGACAAAUCCGCGGAAGCCUCUUGUGUCUCAUUGUCUCAGUUUUACUCACCAGCCCUGAUAGACAGAAAGUGAACUUUACACGGAGCGCAGCAAACAUCACACGUCUGCGAUGACGCCUGCACUGAGAGAAGCCAAGUGGGCCGGAAAUGUUAAGAAAUUACUGUCUUUUUUUUUUUUUUUUACACUUAUCUCGGGUCCUCCAUCCAUCCUGUCAGACUGCUGGGCGGUUUAAUAUAUAGAGACAGCCCACCUCUGAGACCACAGCUGUCCGAUACGACCCCUGUGGUUACUUUCUGGAUUACUGGAAAGCAAACGGGGAUGCGACUACCACAGAACCUACCCCUGCUGGCUCCUUAUCUACUGGUGCAGGGGGCUGAAGAGGAAACGCGCUCCUAAACCCAUAGCAGACCGAAGGAAUCAUCUCUAGAUACUCUAUCCCGUGGAGUGAAAAAAUGUGUUGCAUGGAAGGCGCCAACUUUACGCACGGAACCGGGAACGAGACGCAGAUUGCUUUGCCGAUGGUUAUGUUCGCCGGCGGCGCGGCGGGGAAUUUAAUUGCAAUAAUCGUCCUUUCGGUUUCAAGGCAGGAGAGGAAAUCCUCAGCGUUCUUCACUCUCGUGUGCGGUCUGGCUGUGACCGACCUGCUGGGCACCUGCCUGACCAGCCCGCUCAUUUUAGCCAACUACCUGGACCGGCGUGUGCUGGAGCAGCAACAUGUCUGCGAGUUCCAGUCCUUCCUGUUGCUCUUUUUCGGUUUAACCGGACUGAGCAUCAUAUGCACCAUGGCAGCAGAGCGCUACAUGGCUAUAUGCUGGCCGUACACCUACCAGCGGUGGGGUGUGGACCGACGCUUUGCGCAAAAGUUUCUUUUCUGCAUUUACAUGAGUCACAUAUUCUUCUGCUGCCUCCCGAUGAUGGGCAUGGCGAAGAGCACGCUGCAGCAGUCCAGCACAUGGUGCUUCAUCGACUGGAAGAAACACGACCCCGUGUCCACCGCUUACUUCGUCCUGUACGGCGUCGUCAGCCUGCUGCUCAUCCUGGGCACCAUCCUGCUGAACCUGGCGGUGUGCGGGGCGCUGCUGCUCAUGCGGCAGAGGACGGUGCAGCGGCCCGUCACCAGGACCAGCGUUCGGGAGAGGUGGAGGGUUCUGUCCUCGGCCGCAGAGACGCAGAUGAUGACGGUGCUGCUGAUGACCUCCGUGGUGGUCCUGGCCUGUUCCGCCCCUCUAGUGGUGCGUGUAUUUGCCAACUGCUUCAUGCAAGAAACUGACCCCAAAGCAGACCUGGCUGCCAUCAGAAUAGCCGCGGUUAACCCCAUCCUCGACCCCUGGAUCUACAUCCUCCUCAGGAGGUCCCUGUUUCGACGGUUGCUCGGUUUAUCCAGGCGAGGGAGCAGCUCCCGCAGUAAUCCCCCUCCGUCACCACAGAGCAAUCUGCUUUGUCCCGAUAUCAUGAGGGACAGCCACGUGUUCUCCCAGCUGAUGUGCAACGCAAACAUCAUCACUCAGCUUCCUGCUACUGUCAAAUUCACUUCGCACGACGUGGAAAGCAACCAAAAGACUUAAAAAAAAAGAAAGAAACUGUGGACAGAGCAAAUGUUUGGAGGAAUAUCCACUGCCUUCUCAGGCGGCAAGCAUCUGCGUGCAGAACCACGAUCUCCGUUUCAGAGCCGAGACGUGGAAAGAUGGUGUUGGACCCACGGCGGACAGGGCCCUCAGAGCUCCUCUGGGAUUAUUUAUUAAAUAAAAGUGGAGGAAGGCUCAGGCUACGGCACACGUAUGUUGCACUGACACGGGACUGACGAGAAAGAAAUAUUUAACUCUGAAGUGCAAUAGCAAGAUAAGAGACUUUAUUUUGUACCUUGCAAUGUGAUUUAUCUUCUUUAAACGCCUUAUGCACUUUCAUGUUCAUUUAUUCCACCAGUUUCACUUAACCCAGUGUUGAAAGUCAUGUUUUUACAUAUUGCAUGAACGCUGUAGUCAGUUCAUGUAGAAACUGGCUGAAUCCCAUGAAAACUAUUUUUCAGAGGUAUUUCUUGGGGAGCACUGGUAAUUCCCUCAUUUUGUCACAACCAUGUGCGUAAGGAAAACCUGCGUAGAAAAGCUAAUAAAACACUGGCUAAAAUAUGCAGUGGAUGCACGUUUAUAUCGUCAUGUUGGUGUCUUCUCAUAGUUGGUUCCCUGCAUUGACCUAAUACAUUUGAAACUAUUUUUACAUCUUUAGAUCCUGGUGUAUAAAAACACUAGUUCGGGAUGCGUCAGUCACACAGGGGAGACAACACACUGGUAACGGAGUCCAUCAUCGUCAUACAUCAGGAGGCAGGAGGGGGACGGUGACACCUACCAGCAGGAGUGUCUCUACUAGAACGUUCUCAAAUUCUGACGAUGAGCAGAUGACCUCCCCCUCUUAAUAAAAGACACAGUGCACGGGGGAAAAAAACACUUCUGAAGGGAAUGGGACUGACUAUUGACUGAUGGUUCUCUAAACACAUUCUGCACAGGCGAAUGUGCAAAAAAAAAAAAAAAAAUUGUUGAAAACUGCAGUAACCGAAUUAUGACCGCUAGGGGGCAGGCCACUAAAACACCUGUAUGAGUUUGUAACUUUUUUAUCAUGUAAUUGCCUUAAAAGCAACUAGAGAAUUCAGCUUCUGAUAAAUUAUUAACAUUAAUAAAAUAUUUAAAUAUAAGCAGUUUAAACUAAAGUGAGAGAAAAGGGAGAAAUUUAAUAAUAAUAAUAAAACAAGUUAUACGUGUUCCCCUAAAGUUAUGCACCCGAUUUCACGUUUAACUUACAUUAAAAGUGAAAAAAGAUCACUUUAUAUUUCUGCACCACCAGUACAUAUAGAUGCAAUUGUUCUACUUUUUAGUCUACAUCUACUUCACGACAUCUAUGGUGAUGGUUAAAACACCAGGCUAAAGAUGAAGAAACCACAUCCUUUAAACUACACACAUUUGUUCAAUAUAUAUAUUGCAUUGAAUAUAAUGUAGUUUUUUCUCAAACCACGAGUCCACACAUUUGAUCUUCCUUCAGAGGGGGUGCAAACUGUGGGUUAAUAAUCCCUCAACUCUGCCACUUAUCGUUUUAAUAAUAUUUACCUGGUGAUAGUGUAGAGUUGUAUUUUAUGUGAUUAAUUUACACUUUAUUUAAACUUCCAGUAAAUGUAGGCUUCGAGUGCGUCUUCCGAGUACCGCUGCCUUUUGUAUAAACAUUAAUCAGUCAAAAGGAAAAGACAUUCAGUGUGUUCAGUAUUCCUUAAUGCAUUUAUUCCCCCCCUCCCGACAUUUAAAAAUAGCAUUUACUAAACAUAAGCAGACAAGACCAGUGCAUAGCUGCACGUCUGUACAUUUUUUUUUUUUUUUGUUUUUUUUGUACCUUGACACCAUAAAUAAAAAUCUAUAAACAUCGGCCGAGUAAAAACUCUCAAGAUCCAUUAAAGACACACAAAAAUAAUAAUUAUACAAGUUUUACAAAGUGUUUCCCUCCUUCCUCUACUCAUUGCCAUUUACAUCCCAGUGAUUAAGCAGAGAGCCAACGUCUAAAUCAAACCGUUCCCUAAUUAUUAUUAUUAUUUUCUCCCCCAGUUAGCUCGCUGCACAGAAACAGAAAGGAGUGG